CCCAGCACCGAUCCGCGCCCCUCUGACGCGCCGGCGGUCAUGGACAUGUCGGCGAUCGCCGCGCGCCUCGGCCUCUCGGGGUCCCGCCCCGUCAUCCGCAAGGCCGGCGAGCUCCGCCGCCUCUGCGACGUCAACUUCAACUCCUCUGUCCUCGGCAUCGGCGAGGUCUGCAAAGCCAUCAUCUGCCUGGAGAUCGCAGCGUCCAAGUUACAGGUGAUAUUUGACCGGGCGGAGGCUGUGCGUAUGAGCGGGAUGUCUGAGAAGGCGUACAUCAGAUCAUUCAAUGCGCUCCAAAAUGGUCUUGGUGUCAAGACGACUUUGGAUGUGCGUGAAUUGGGCAUCCAGUUUGGUUGUGUCAGGCUGAUACCUUUUGUUCAGAAGGGUUUGUCACUCUAUAAGGAGCGCUUCCUUGCUGCAUUGCCACCUUCACGCCGGGCAAGCACUGACUUUGGUCGACCAGUGUUUACUGCAGCAGCAUUCUACUUAUGUGCGAAGAGGCACAAGCUCAAGGUUGACAAACUAAAGCUGAUAGAUCUAUGUGGCACAUCCAGCUCCGAGUUUACAACGGUUUCAACAUCAAUGACAGAUCUCUGCUUUGAUGUUUUUGGGAUAGCCAAGGAGAAGAAGGAUCCAAAGUCCAUCAAAGGGAACAGAGAAUUGCUGGAUGUUUUGCCAAGCAAAAGGAAACAUGAAGAUGACAGUGAUUCAUCUGGAUCUGAUGAAUCGUCAGACGACGAUCAAGAUGAACUAGAUUUACCAACUCACAAGAGGCGCAAGAAGAUGGAGAAAGAAGCAUACAAUGAUUGGAAGUCAUCUGUUCUCUCCUCGAACAAGAAAACCAAAACAGACCCUGCCAAGCCUAGGAGGCAAGCUCAACUUAACUUUAAGAAGCCGGCAGAAGUACCUUCUGCAGCCAACUAGAUAAACCUGAGCCCUAUUCGCAACAAAUGGAAUUGCUGGGACUGAAAAUGGUCUAUGCUUUAUCCUGAUCGAUGUUGCUUAUGAACCGCAAAAAAGGGGGAAAAAUCAGACGCCUUUGUUCCUUGUUUUUAUUUAUCUUUGUGACAUAACUUAUUCAUGAAAAAUGCUCCUGGGCAACACCCUGGUGUAAAUGGCAUGUUCAUAUUCUAGUAUUACAUGUGAAAUGUGUUGAUUCU